AGAGUCAGACACAACUGGGUGACUGAACGUGCACACACUAGAAUAGAUACUAGACUGUGUCUUCAGAAUGUUGACUUUUGGACAUGAUAGACCAGGCCAGGUGAAGUCUGGUGUCUGAGAGUGAUUUGAAGGCAGCUGAAUGGUGGUGGUAGGGGGGAGAACCCUGAAUAAAAAUUUUAUAGAAUUUUAAAAAUAAGCAGUUAUGUCUAUCCCAUUAAAUUGAAGUUUUUCUGAAUUUAAGGAUUAUCAUUGUCUUAUUUAUCUAGCACUACCAGGUCCAGAGUUAGCACCUAAUAUCUGUGGAAUGAAUGAAUGAAGGGUUCUAGACUUUCCAGUGAAUACAGCUGAAGCAGAAACUACAACUAAAGAAAUUUGGGACGAAAAAGCAUAUAGAGAAAUAAACUAAGAAUCUAGUUUAAUUUCCUUAAACUGUGUUUCUUACACUUCCUAGAAUAUUGUAUCUAGUAGAUUUCAUUUAAAAUGUCUAGUGCACAUAGUAUGUGAUCAAUACAAUUAAGAUCAUUCUUGUUUUUCUUCUCUAGAACUAAGAGACUGGUACAUUUAUGGAUCGUGUAGAGUGAAAUAUGCUUAGAGAAGGUUAAUGGGUCUCAUCCAAAGUUCCUUCCUCUGACUUCUGGGCUUAUGGCAGGAGGGAACCAGAGCAGCGUCUUUGAGUUCCUCCUCUGGGGUCUCUCUGAGCGGCCGGAGCAGCAGCACGGGCUCUUCCUGCUAUUCUUGUGGAUGUACUUGGUCACGGUGGCUGGGAACCUACUCAUCAUCCUGGCCAUUGGCACUGACUCGCGUCUUCACACACCCAUGUACUUCUUCCUCGCCAGCCUGUCCUGUGCAGACAUCCUUUUCACCUCCACCACCGUCCCCAAGGCCCUGGUGAACAUCCAGACCCAGAACAGGUCCAUUUCUUAUGUGGAGUGUCUGACUCAGCUCUACUUUUUCUUGACAUUUGGGGAUAUGGACAUAUUUCUCCUGGCUACAAUGGCCUAUGACCGCUAUGUGGCCAUUUGCCACCCUCUCCACUAUGCCAUGGUCAUGAGCCGCCGGUGUUGCAUCAUCCUGGUUACUGCCUGCUGGACCCUUACGAGUCUUGUUGCCAUGACACACACAUUCCUCAUAUUCCGACUUUCCUUCUGCUCUAAGAAGAUCAUUCCCGACUUCUUCUGUGAUCUGGGACCCCUGAUGAAGGUGUCUUGCUCUGACACUCAGGUCAAUGAGCUUGUGCUCCUCUUCUUGGGGGGAGCAGUCAUUUUAAUCCCCUUCGGGCUCAUUCUGGUCUCUUAUAUCCGCAUUGUUUCAGCCAUCCUCAGGGUCCCCUCUGCCCAAGGAAGGUACAAGGCCUUCUCUACCUGUGGAUCCCACCUUGCUGUUGUUGCCUUGUUCUUUGGGACUGUGAUCAGGGCUUAUCUGUGCCCCCCAUCCUCUUCCCCCAAUUCAGUAGAAGAGGAUACGGCAGCUGCUGUCAUGUACACGGUGGUGACUCCUCUGCUAAACCCCUUCAUUUACAGCCUGCGGAACAGGGACAUGAAGGGGGCCCUGGGGAGACUUCUCAGGGGCAAAGUCUCCUCCUGUGGUCAGUGACUUUACAGAGAACCUGCGGGUGUCCUUUGUCCCCUCAGUGAGGAACACCACAGAAAUUUCUACCUCAAGUGUCUCAUCUCGAAAUCCCACGUACAUACCUAUUGCCACUCGCUUCCCCUGCCUCUCCACCAUGCGUUUGAUAUUACUGAAGAAAAUCAAGAUGUUGCAUCUUUCUUUAAAGUUGAGAGUUGCUUUUAUCACUUAUUUGCUUAUAAAAUGACUUUUCACAGGAGUGGAUGUCUUUUGCAAUGUUCAUAAUUCUAAAAGUUUGCAUAACCGCUUAUAUUAAUUUAUCAAAAGUUGACCAUUCACUUUGCUGUACAACAGAAACUAACACAGCAUUGUAAAGCAACUAUUAUCUGAUUUAAAAAAAAGAUUAAAACAAAAUAAAAAUAAAAAAUAAAAAAAGAAGAUUGAUCAGUGAAGUCAUGGAAAGUAGUUCAUGAUCUAAAUACUAGCAAGUCAAUAUUAGGUGGCAAAGAGGUCAAUACUGGGUGGCAAAGAGUUUACAACUUUCAGUGAACAGGUAUAUUUUUUCCUAUAAAAAGAGGAAAUUACACAAAUAUUACAUGAAGUUUAAGAAUAAAAAAUCCUUGUGACUGUUAAAACAAAGCUCUCAGCAAUACAGGAAUUAUCUAUGUUAUUUUCAGUGAACAGGCUUAUGAACAGUUUAUAAUGAGAAGAUACUGGAAUCUUGUGUUCCCUCAAAGUUCUUUGUGUUGAAAUGUGUGCCCUCUAGUCUCAACCAAGACUGAGUCAAAGACAAUUGGAACUUAUGAUUUUUAUUUCUACAGCAUAAAAUUCACAAGUCCAGAUGAAGACCAAGAGUGAGUGCAAAGGCAUUGUCUAAAGUCAAGGCCAUGGAACAAAUUCAUCACAGUUUCAUAAGGAAAGUGAGUCCUGACUGGUUCCCAGGAGACCCGGAUCCUAACAUGAGUACCUCCAUUUACUUUGUAUAAGUCUAGUCUUCUCAUCUGUGGAAUGAAAUUAUUGAUAUUUUCCUGCCUACUUAACCAGAAUUUUGUAGGGAAAAUGAUAAUGGUUUGGCUAUUAUAAGAGAGAAGCUCUAAAUAAUCAUAGCUUUAAAAAAUUGAGCAUUUAUUUUCCUCUUGUGUACAAAUAAACAGUCUCAGGAUAUGUUGACUACAUAAUCAUCAAAGAUCCAGGCUGCCUCUCAUGGUUCUCUGGCAAUCUUAAAAAUGAUUCCAGGGAUUUCCAUGGUGGUCUAGUGGCU